AUGGUGCAGGCAUUGCGCUGCAAGCAUGUGACGCUGGGAUCGAUCCACGGCAGGAACCAGCUUUGCUGGCAAACAUUUGGCGGUACUCAGUUGAGAAGGCACUGGAUGAUGCAAAGACCAAUGCAAGUUACAAGAGUCCGGGCGCGCGGCGUGCCUUCAUAG